AUGGCCGGUUGUUUAGACAACAUUCAGAUCAGACGUCCGGAAUGGCUGGAGUUGGGGGAGAAGAGGAAUGCCAUCGCAUCCAUUGCCGCCGGAACUGCCGUAUGUCACAGAUUAUGGCCACACGAUGACAGUGGCGAUGAUAAUGAUGAGCUCAUCCCUUUCUUCACGGGCUGGUGGAUAAUCAUCGACAUAUCGGCGCGAUAUACGGAAGGCAACGACUUUUACAACGCGUUUCACGUCUGCGGGGUUUUGGGAACCCUUUCCCUAUUCAUGAUUAACGCCGUGUCCAACGGUCACAUCCGGGGCGACGCCUACGGGAGCGGAGUGUUCGGUCAGACGGCGGCCAGGAUUUGGCUCUUCAUUGGCUUUGUG